CUCUGCGCGCAAGGGAUGAGGGUGCGUCAGUCGGCGCUCGGCGACCGGAGGUGCUUCGCGCUUUGCGCCGCGCCCCUUACCGCCAGAGUGUGGCUCGGGGCGUGGCGCUUACGUAAACACGCGUGGUGCCCCCGCUGUGGCGGCCACGACACUGUCCGUCCUCGAACGACCCCAUGUCGGCCAGCCACCUUCGCGAUCUAUGUGGAUAGCUCGCAGCUCCCGGCCGCGCCGCCGCCGCUGCCAGGGCCGCCGCCGCUUGCCGCGCUUAUAGCAUCAAGAGUGGAGAUGCAGGCGCACGUGGCGCUGCUGGCGCUGGCGGCGCUGGGCGCGCUGGCGGCGCUCGCGCGCGCGGAGCGCGGCGGGGGGAUCAAGGUGGGCGGCGGCGGCGCGGGCGCGGGCGGGCGCGAGGCGGCGCGCGGCGGCGGCGUGCGCAUCGGCGUGGUGGACGGGCUGCGGCGCCCGCGCACGUCGCCCGCCCCGCAGGCGCCGCGCGCGCCCAGCGUCAUCACGGCCGCGCUCGUGGUGCCGCACAAGGCCUUCGGCGCGCGCGACUACACGAGAGCCGAGAAGGAGGCCCUGUCCAAACUGCCGCGCAAACUCAAACUCUUCUCACAAGUGCGCCUAAACAUUACGCUUUCUAUGCAGAGUCUUACGCCUAGUCCUAUGUCCAUCUUGGACUCGCUAUGUAAAGAAUUUCUGGCAGUUAACGUGUCUGCUAUACUGUAUCUUAUGAAUCAUGAACAAUACGGGCGGUCUACUGCCUCUGCACAAUAUUUUCUACAACUCGCGGGAUAUCUCGGUAUACCGGUGAUUGCAUGGAACGCAGAUAACAGCGGCCUAGAGAAACACGCGUCCCACGCAUCGUUGAGACUGCAGCUGGCUCCGACGAUAGAGCACCAAACAGCUGCGAUGUUGUCCAUACUGGAGCGAUACAAGUGGCAUCAGUUUAGCGUCGUCACGUCGGCUAUUGCUGGUCACGACGAUUUUAUACAAGCUGUGCGAGAAAGAGUCACAGCCCUUCAAGAUCGAUUCAAGUUCACGAUACUCAAUGCAGUAGUUGUCAAAAAACCGGCUGAUUUGAAUGAGUUAGUCACAAGCGAAGCGCGAGUUAUGCUUCUGUACGCCACGACAGAAGAGGCCGCAGACAUACUGUCAUCUGCUGGCGAUCUCCAUCUCACUGGCGAAAAUUUCGUAUGGAUUGUUACACAAAGUGUACUCGGAUCUAGGAAACAACCGAAUAAAUUUCCCGUCGGGAUGCUUGGUGUACAUUUUGAUACAUCAAGCAAGUCUAUCAUCGCCGAAAUAGCAACAGCUGUCAAAGUGUUUGCAUACGGCGUAGAGUCCUAUAUUUCGGCGCCGGAGUACGUUCGCUACCCUCUUGGAACUAGGCUCUCGUGUAGCGGGGAAGGCACUGGAGAAGCGCGUUGGUCAACUGGCGAAAGAUUUUAUCGACAUUUACGCAACGUUAGUGUUGACGUAGAAUCCGGCAAGCCUAGUAUUGAAUUCACUCCUGACGGUGAACUGAGAGCUGCUGAAUUGAAAAUCAUGAACCUGCGACCAACUCUAGGUGAUCAGCUGGUGUGGGAAGAAAUCGGAUCUUGGAAUUCUUAUCCGAAAGAACGCUUAGUAAUAAAGGAUAUAGUGUGGCCUGGGGGCUUGCACACGCCACCGCAGGGUGUUCCAGAAAAAUUUCAUAUGCGUAUCACGUUUCUCGAAGAGCCACCCUACAUCAACUUGGCACCACCUGACCCUGUCAGUGGUCGAUGCUCUUUAGAUCGAGGCGUCAUUUGUCGAGUAGCGCCUGAAGUGGAUGUCGCUGGGUUAGAAGCGGGUACAGCGCACAGAAACAGUACACUAUACCAGUGCUGUAGUGGGUUCUGUAUAGAUCUGCUGCAACAGCUCGCAGAACACCUUGGAUUUACAUAUGAACUGGUUCGAGUUGAGGACGGCCGAUGGGGGACGCUGCACCACGGAAAGUGGAAUGGGUUAAUCGCAGAACUAGUCAAUAAGAAAACGGAUAUGGUACUAACAUCUUUGAUAAUAAACUCGGAUCGAGAAUCAGUUGUGGAUUUCAGUGUGCCUUUCAUGGAGACAGGCGUAGCUAUUGUGGUAGCGAAGCGCACAGGCAUUAUAUCACCUACAGCUUUCCUCGAACCCUUCGACACAGCGUCGUGGAUGCUCGUCGGAGCAGUAGCCAUUCAAGCCGCCACUUUCUCAAUAUUCUUCUUUGAAUGGCUAUCGCCAAGUGGUUUCGAUUGCUCAACUGGUCUCAACUCGAAACGUGUGCCACAAAAUAGAUUUUCCCUUUGUAGGACUUAUUGGAUUGUCUGGGCAGUAUUAUUUCAGGCAUCAGUCCACGUAGACUCACCCCGGGGAUUCACGGCACGGUUUAUGACCAACAUGUGGGCGAUGUUCGCCGUAGUAUUUCUCGCGAUAUACACGGCCAACCUCGCCGCGUUCAUGAUCACGCGAGAAGAGUUUCACGAGUUAAGUGGGUUGGACGAUCCGCGGAUAGCGCGUCCGCUGACGCUGCGCCCCCCACUGAAGUUCGGCACCGUGCCCUGGUCACACACUGAUGCGACACUGGCCAAAUAUUUUCAAGAACCGCACGCAUAUAUGGCGCAGUUUAACCGUAGCACAGUAAGUGCGGGAGUGACGAGCGUUCUUACUGCCGAGUUGGACGCAUUUAUUUACGACGGCACUGUUCUGGAUUACCUCGUGUCUCAGGACGAAGACUGCCGAUUGUUAACAGUAGGCUCGUGGUACGCGAUGUCUGGCUACGGAUUAGCGUUUACCCGAAAUUCUAAAUAUCUUAGCAUGUUUAAUAAGAGAUUACUUGAUUUACGCUCCAAUGGAGACCUAGAGCGGUUGCGCAGGUACUGGAUGACAGGCACGUGUAAACCAAACAAGCAGGAGCACAAGUCGUCAGACCCACUGGCGCUGGAGCAGUUCCUGUCGGCGUUCCUCCUGCUGAUGGCGGGCAUCCUGCUGGCGGCGCUGCUGCUGCUGACGGAGCACGUGUACUUCCGCUACAUGCGCGAACACCUCGCCGCCUCCAAAGCGAGCUCCUGCUGUGCUCUCGUCUCUCUUUCAAUGGGACAAUCAUUAACAUUCCACGGCGCAGUGGUGGAGGCAGCGGCGCGGGGCUUCGGGCCCGGGAAGCGCGGCCACUGCAGGUCCGCCGUGUGUGCUGCUCAGGUGUGGCGCGCGCGGCACGAGCGCGACGCGGCGGUGGCGCGCGCGCGGCAGCUGGCGGCGGCGCUGGCGGCGCACGGGCUGCAGCCGCCGCCGCGCCGCCUCGCCUCGGCCGCCGCGCUACUGGCCUCGGGCCGCGCGCACGACGCCACGCGCCCACGCACGCUGCACGCGCCCGCCGACCUGCUGCCCGACCUCGACCGACCGCUCUCCUGCGGCGAUCUGCGCUCAAGAGAGCGGACGCGGGUAGAGAUGGAAACAGUGCUGUGAGGCGCAUAUUGCGCCACCCUAUUUCAAUUCCUGAAGGCUGUUCUUACACCAAGUUAUACAAGACGAAGUUAGGUAUAUCUAAUGUUAAAAAAUAUGGACAGAUAAAAAAGUGUUGUAAUUAUUAAAUAAAUUAUUCCAAUUAUUAAAUCAGAGAGAUGGAUGUAGAUAGCGAAGCGUUGUUGUGGGAAGCGCGCGCGGCGCAGGCUGGGCGCCGGGCGCGCGGCCCUCGUGUUGUCUACUACAAUAAAAUAUAUUUUUUGGACAA